CAUUUAUAGCAACUAAGGUAAAGACUGAAGAGGCAGCCAAAGAGACAGUGAUCUCGUCUUUCGUUUCGUGUGUGAAGAGUGGAAGAGAAGAAAAGCAUGAAAGAAGGAGAGUUAGUGGGAGAAGAGUCGUUCUGGAACGAUGAAAUGGUACCGUUUAUAGCACCUCCGGAACAGCUACGGUGCGCAAGAAACGGAAGUAGGUGGCGCUGUAACCGCUGGAGGGUCCACCAUCAAAAGUAUUGUGAAUUGCAUUUUCUCCGCUUAAAACACCGUCAGAAUAACCUUAGGAAGCAAAGCCCUGGAACAACGAAUCCACAGAAGAAGGACAAGAGGAAGGGAGGCCAACAUGGAAAUGAUGAAGAAGUUGAGCCUUGGUCACGAAGGACUAGGAGGAGUGCCAAGUUCUCACAGGAGAAACAAGAGAAUGGCCCCAAACCCAAUGGAAAGGAAGAUGGAAACGGUGGCCAAAAUGAGUCCUUUUUAGGGAAGACGAGGACUGGCAAUGUCUUAGCUGAAGAUAUCCCCAUUGGCAUUGCUUUGGUUUUAUUUGACAAGGGCAAGGGUUACCAAAAGAAUGGAGGUUAUUGCCAUCAGUGCCAUAGGUUCAAAAUCAGAGUGCUACGCUGCCUAAAGUGUCGACGUAAACACUUCUGUUAUUCAUGCAUCAAAACAUGGUAUCCACAAUCUUCAGAGGAAGCAAUAGCAGAGUCAUGCCCAUUUUGUCGUAAAACUUGUAAUUGCAAACCAUGUUUGCGUUCUAAUGAACUAAUGAAGGAUGUCAAAAACUCUGGAAUGCCAUUGGAUAAAGAUGAAAGAAUUAAACACUUGAAGUAUCUUAUCUCAUUGUUGUACCCUUUCCUGAAACAAUUUAAUGAGGAGCAAAUGAAGGAAAUAGAGCUCGAAGCCAUGAUCCAAGGAUUACGGUCAUCAGAGAUAGAGGUGCUUCAGGCUGUUUCUGAUGAUUAUGAACGCUUAUAUUGCAAUAAUUGCAAAACUUCGAUAGUUGAUCUCCAUAGAGUUUGCCCAAAAUGUUCAUAUGAGCUUUGCCUUACUUGUUGCUCGGAAAUUCGGGGUAAAUGCUUGAGAGGUGGAGAUAAAAUGGUACAAAGAUAUGUUAACAGAGGAGAAGCUUACUUGCAUGGAGGAGAACAUCUACCUUUAUUGUUAGAUAAGAAAAAGAACAAGACAAGCUCUAGGAAACGUAUUGGGCUACUAUCUAAGUGGCAAGUAAACGGAAAUGAUGACAUCCCCUGUCCAGUAGAAAGAUUGGGUGGUUGUGGACAUGAGCGCUUAGAGUUGAAAUGCAUGUUGCCAUCCGAUUGGGUUUCAAUGUUGAAUAUCAAAGCUAAAAGAUUAGUUAAAUUCCAUAAACUUGAGGAAGCACUUGGAACCUUGACAGGACAUUGUUCUUGUCUCAAACUUGAUAAUGAGAUUGGUGUUGUGAAUGAGGCAAUGCGGUUAUCAGAAUCUCAGGAAUACUGUAGUAAAAACUACUUGUAUUCUCCUUCAGCAAAGGACAUAAAACAGGGGAAUCUAGAGCAUUUUCGUUGGCAUUGGAUUAAGGGAGAGCCAGUGCUUGUUAGAAAUGUUCUUGAAUCAACCUCUGGCUUAAGCUGGGAGCCAAUGGUAAUGUGGCGUGCAUUCCGUGAUGUAUCAAAUAAGAAAGAUUCCUCAAAUGUUAAUGUGAGAGCAAUUGAUUGUCUUGACUUGUGUGAAGUUGAACUAAAUAUUCAUAAAUUUUUCCUAGGGUAUUUAAAGGGUUGUGCACAUAGUAACAGUUGGCCUCAGUUGCUGAAGCUAAAAGAUUGGCCCCCAUCUGAUCUCUUUGAGGAGCUCUUACCACGCCAUUGUGCAGAAUUUGUCAGUGCCUUGCCAUUUUUGGAAUACACAAAUCCUUUCUCUGGCAUCCUCAAUGUUGCAGCAAAGUUGCCUGCAAACAGUUUGAAGCCUGACCUUGGUCCUAAAACAUUUAUAGCUUAUGGAUUUGUUGAAGAGCUUGGACGUGGAGACUCAGUUACAAAGCUUCAUUAUGACAUGUCAGAUGCGGUGAAUGUUUUGAUGCACACAGUAGAUGUGACUCUUACCUCUGAACAGCUUGCUGAUAUUGGAAUUUUGAAAAGGAGGCAUAUAAAACAAGAUCAAAUAGAGCUAUAUGGCAUUGACAAGGAUUCUUAUUUGCCUUUGAAAGAGCAGGUAGAUGUAGAUUUUUUUAUGAAAGCUGUGAAGCCUCCGAAGAGGAAACAUCAAACUAGCAAGCAGAAAGUCGAAUCAUGUUCAAGUUCAGAUUCAGUGUAUAAACUACUGAUGAAAUCUUCCGAGUUUCAAGAUGAAGAAGAAUUUAAAUUGGAUAAAAAAAGCAACAGGAGAAUUGAUGAGGCUCGUACUAGUGAGACUUCAUUUUCAAAUAUGCAUUCUCUUAAUGGCACUGACAAAGAUUCUUGUUUGAGGGUGAAAGAGCAAGUUGAUGUAACGGUUGAAGCUGUGAAGUCUCCAAAGAGGAAAAGAAAAACUAGAAAGAAGAAAGUGAAAUCUUGUCGAACUUCAUUGUUGCUACAAAAUGAAGAGGAAUCUAAAGUCGAUGAAAGAAAUGGGAAAAUGGAUGAGGCUCAUUCUGAAAAUGCUAUAGAUGCUUGUUCAACAAAUGAAGCUUUUCGUAAAGAUGCUGUAGGUGGUGAUUCUGGAUGUGUUUAUGAUGCAAUGGAAGCAUCUGGAGGCGGGGCUGUUUGGGACAUUUUUCAUAGGCAAGAUGUACCCAAACUUGAGGAAUUCCUUAGGAAGCACUAUAGGGAAUUCAGGCAUGUUUAUGGCUCUCCAGUUGAUCAGGUUGUGCACCCGAUUCAUGAUCAAACUUUCUACCUGACGAUGCAUCAUAAGAGAAAGCUGAAGGAGGAGUUUGGAGUUGAGCCUUGGACCAUUGUGCAGAAACUUGGAGAAGCGGUCUUUAUACCAGCUGGUUGUCCUCAUCAAGUGAGAAAUCUCAAGUCAUGCAUAAAGGUUGCUCUUGACUUUGUGUCUCCUGAAAAUAUUUAUGAAUGCAUCCGUUUGAUUGAGGAGUUUCGGGUUCUUCCGCAUAAGCAUAGGGCUAAAGAGGAUAAACUAGAGGUGAAGAAAAUGAUACUUCAUGCUUUGAGCUUUGCCGUGGAGGAAUUGGAGAAGCUCACUGCAUGAGUCUCUUAAUCCCAUCUUUUAAAAACUUUCAACUUUUCGUGGUAUCUUUUGUUUAUAUAUUAUAAUCUUGACA